CAGUCGACCUACAGACAACGCGAUGAGCAGAUCCCUGUUUCUAAUUCUUUUAUUGGGAAUCUCCUGCCUGGAGAUUUUCCAGGCUCGCUCUCUUCUGGAGGGGAGAAAACAAAGAUUUGUGCGCAGACGCAUAUCACCCGACGAUCCUGAUCUCGAGAUCAUCGAGGUCAAGGACGUCUACUACCGAAAGCGGCCCAAGAAGUUGGUUGUCCAGCUCGAUGAUGACGAAUUAAACUGGAAAAUUCGCUGUGACUUCGAUCCAAGCAAUCCGGAGUGUGGAGAUGUAGUGAAGAAACCCGUGGCUCCUAUCAGGCCAACCACAACCACCAACCCCACCACAACCACUAGCAGAACCACCACCACCACCACAACUGAACCCACAACAGAACCCACAACUGAACCCACAACUGAACCCACAACUGAACCCACAACUGAACCCACAACUGAACCUACAACUGAACCGACAGAAGCACCAGAUACAGAUGAUAAUAUCGAAUUGUUCGGCGACAAUGAAGAGGACUCUGAGGAUCAGGAGGAUCUAGAUGAUCAAGGAGAUCAGGAGUAUCAGGAGGUUGACCCCUAUGGCACUUACGAUAGCCAAAUCCACUCAAUUGGGGCUAAUGAUGACGGCAACUGGAAUUAGACCCAAAUGAAAAGCAGCAAAUGAUCGAUUCGAUCUGUUGACUCAAUUGAACAUCAAUAAAAUGGCAAUAGCGGAACUGCGCUACAUAAUGU